AUGGUGUACUGGUCUGUGACGUUGCUUCACACUUGUUUGGCCAAGGGCAUAUUCUUCAAAAGCUCUGGCUUGGAGGUCUUCUUCAUGGUUGUCGUCCAUCCUUCUGUUGACGUUGCCGUAACGAAAGAUGCAGGUCAGAAUAGGACACCGAAACUUCUAAAAUCCUCGUCAGCGAAGUACUUCUUGGCGGGACAGCAGAUGGCGGAUCCCACGGAUCAAGAAGUGCCACCAGAUGCAGAUUUCGUGGAACGGUUCCUGAUUACGAAACGGAAAUACGAUCGCUUAUUUUGGUGGUUCACGGCGUAUCGCUACAAUUGGUUUGCACUACUCAGUACCAGAUGGCAAAUGCCGGCGAUUAUGGUACUUGGGUCUACAGUCGCGGGUAUGACAGCUGAAGGUGGGGGAGCCAUUGCGUUUCCCUUCAUGACUCUUUGUCUUCAGAUUGAUCCAGUUUCGGCUAGGGAUUUCUCUCUGAUGAUCCAAUCUUUCGGAAUGGGAUGUGCUUUGUUCGCUGUCCUGUACAUGAGGAUCCAGAUCGAAGAGCGGUCGCUACUGUUCGGAUGUCUGGGCUCCAUUCCUGGAAUGAUUCUCGGAUUUGCAUUUGUCGAUGAUCUGCUUGAUGGACCUCAGAAAAAGAUGCUCUUCGUCUCAAUAUGGUGUUCUUUCGCGAUAGCUCUCUACCUCUUGAAUUCACAGAAGAAACGAACAACAUAUUCUAUCAUUCCUGACUUCAAGCCCUGGAAAGCUCUGGUACUGGUUGUAACAGGAUUCGUUGGAGGUCAGUUUAAG